AUGCAGCGUCGGCCAAGUCAACUUCCCUCUGAUGAUCUUUCGGAUGUUGCUUCGGAGACAAGCACAUUGGUGAACUUUGUCAUUGACAGCGACAACCAGGACCAAUACAUGCUCCAAGAGGACCGUCACGAGUCUGACGUACAUGACGGUCUUGACGGUGAAAAUAUUGCAUGGUCAAGCAGUAGACCACGCAAGCAAGCCAAGAAGAGCAUACUGAGUAGCGUUGGACUGUCCACAAGUACGACUAGUAGCAACUCACAGAAUCGCCCGAUAAAUCCGGACUUUGCUGAGAGGGAUGGUGCCUCCACCUCGGCCGAGCAGCAAUCUGAGCAUCCCGUCUCCCUCGGCCAUUGA